AUGAAUAUUCGAGCCGUUUGUUUGAGGAGCUGGAUUAUCGCAACGAGCUUAGAAACAUGGACAAGUUUCGCCGCCUGUAUGGUGAUGUCGUGGGCAUCUACUUACCCAAGUCGUUUCCCAAGUACUGCGCGAGGAGGGUCCUCGUGUCGGAGUGGGUCGACGGCGUCAAGCUUAUCGAUGACCAGGCACGCGUUAGACCAGAGGAUCUGCCCCUCGUCGAGACGGGCAUCCGCUUUGCGCUCACUCAGCUUUUGGACAAUGGCUUUUUACACGCUGAUAUGCACAACGGAAACAUGCUGCGAACGAAGUCUGGGUAUCUUGCGUACAUCGAUUUUGGAUUGGUUUCCGAGGUGCCGACAUCUGUGCGCGAGUCGCUGGUGUGUGCGUUAA